AAAGCUGCACACUCCGUCAUCUGAAAAGUAAGUCCUUGUGGUCUGUUGGUCAAACACCCACAACUGCGCCAUCACCGGAGCGCCAAGGGUGCUCUGCUGACACUACAUUGGGACUGCGAGAAUUUUGUUUUACUUAGACGUCUCAGACUCGUGCUCCUCAUAGAGGACAAGAAGGACUUGCUGGGUCCUACUGCAGAGGUCAUGCGAGAGUAUAGGUGAAUAUCCUCAUAACACCAGCGGGCGGAGCAGGGCAGAGCCGACGUGGGCGGGUCAAAUGGAGACGAGCUCUGGGAAUGUAUGUGGUAAGAGAUCGGAUCUACCUUGAUCAGCGGCGCUGUUAUGUUGCUAUUGGAAGUCGUCCCUACUAAAGGGCAUGCUUUGAGCUUUAGCUGCGGAACAAACGCGAAGUAAAUAAUGUACACGACAGAGCGCAGGCGAAUGAGCCUGCGAGACUCAAAGAGGAAGGAUCCAGUACGGGUGUCCGCUGGAAGUUUGUGGCAGGACUCUUUGGCGUUAGAGCUGAGCGCCAGCAACGGCUCGGGUAAACAGAUCGUUUCUCCGCGGAGUCGAACCAGAGCGGUGUCAGUGGCAUACAUUGUCAACGAGGACGCGUCAGUGCCGCACACCGAAGAAAACUUAUCACUAAAGUGUCUGAAGGAAGCCUGCGCGGACGCACACGCUCUUCUCAAAACGAUUUCAUUUGACAGAAUUUCCCAAGGCACGACAGACAUUCUGGAUAGUUUCUACAAUGCAGAUGUUGCAGUGGUGGAAAUGAGCGACUCCUUUUGCCAGCCUUCCCUUUUCUACCACCUUGGAGUGAGGGAAAGUUUCAGCAUGACUAAUAACAUCAUUCUGUAUUGUUCUAAGCAAGAUAGUGAUCUGCAAGCUCAUAAGGAGCAGUGUGGAAGUGACACCUUCAUCCCAUAUGUAGUGUCACCUCAGGGCAAAGUGUUUGCCUGUGACGUUGCCAUGAUGACUUGUAUCAAAGACCUGAUGCAACCUAGUUUCCAGCUGGAGCCGCUGCUCAUCCCCCUGGUUGAGAAACUGGUGCACCUGCUGAACAACGUGCACAUUCAGUCCAGUGAGUACUUCCGGGAGUCAAUUAGGCAUGAGAUUCGCAUGGCACGGGAGCGGUUCAGCGGCAGAGCCUUGAGCGAGGAGUUAAACCACAUCCAGCAACGCCUGGAUAGUGUAGAUCUGCUUUCUCCGGAUAUUGUAAUGAACCUAUUGUUGUCCUACAGGGACGUUCAGGAUUACGAUGCCAUGAUAAAACUGGUGGAGACUCUGGACAACCUGCCUAUGUGUCAGGUGGCGAAGCAUCAGAAUAUCAAGUUUCACUAUAUAUUUGCUCUAAACAGGAGGAAUCAGCCCGGAGAUCGUAAAAAGGCUUUGAAAGAAAUUCUGCCGAUUGUGGAGUCAGGGAACAAGGUGGCAUCAGACGUCUACUGCCUGUGUGGACGCAUCUACAAGGACAUGUUCAUGAGCUCAGCGUUCACUGAUGAGUCCAGCAGAGACCAGGCCUGCUAUUGGUAUGGGAAAGCCUUUGAGACAGAGCCAACUCUUCACUCAGGCAUCAACAAUGUGGUCCUUCUAAUAGCAGCUGGCCAUGAAUUUGAGACGUCUAUAGAGUUGCGCAAACUAGGUGUGACUUUAAGCACCCUGCUGGGUAGAAAGGGUAGUCUGGAGAAGAUGAAGGACUACUGGGAUGUAGGUUUCUACCUUGGAGCAAACAUUCUUGCAGGUGAAUACAGGAAAGUCAUUGAGGCCUCUGAGAAGCUCUACAGACUCAAGGCCCCUGUUUGGUAUGUGGCAUCUAUUAUGGAGACAUACAUCCUGUACCGCCGGUUUGCCAAGUUACCUGAAGUGAGAUCUCCUAAACAAGAUACAGUGGACUUCUGGAUGGAGCUGCUUUUGCAGACCUGUAAACCCACUGCCUCAUCAAACUGUUGUCCAGUGCUCAUUCUGGAGCCCACUAAACUCUUCCAACCAGCUAUUGUGUCUGUGAACGAGGAGGACCAAAGUCGCACUGUCCAGCUAAAACACGCCACACGCUUAAAGAAGGGCUUAAACCAGUGGACUUUCCAAGCAUCUGAAAUUCGGGGAGUGAGUGCUUCAAAGAUUGAUGAGCGGAGCUGCUUUCUGUAUGUCCACUACAACUCGGAUGAUUUCCAGCUCUGCUUCCCAUCUGAGAUUCACUGUAAGGGUUUCUGUGAGUUGGUAAACUCCCUUCUCCAGGAGGCUGAAAACCAUGUUCAAGAUAUAGAACAUACACUCGGAGAAAUACUAGAGUAUAUCUAUGAGACCAAUGAGAAUGGUGACAAGGUAAUACUUGGUAAAGGAACUUAUGGUGUAGUGUAUGCUGGAAGGGACCUGAGCAACCAAGUACGCAUCGCCAUCAAAGAGAUCCCCGAGAAGGACAGCACGUAUUCUCAGCCCCUGCAUGAGGAGAUUGCUCUGCACAAGAGGCUUAAACACAGGAAUAUUGUCCAGUACCUGGGCUCUGUCAGUCAGGAUGGUUUCAUCAAGAUCUUCAUGGAAGAAGUACCUGGGGGUAGCUUGUCUUCUCUUUUGCGCUCGAAAUGGGGUCCUCUGAAAGACAACGAGCCCACCAUCAUUUUCUACACCAAGCAGAUACUUGAGGGUCUAAAGUACCUUCAUGAGAAUCAGAUAGUCCACAGAGACAUCAAGGGUGACAAUGUACUGAUCAACACUUAUAGUGGAGUUUUGAAGAUAUCUGAUUUUGGAACCUCCAAACGGUUAGCAGGGAUUAACCCCUGUACUGAAACAUUUACUGGAACUCUGCAGUACAUGGCCCCUGAGAUUAUAGACCAAGGACUUCGGGGUUAUGGGAAGCCGGCAGAUAUCUGGUCUCUAGGGUGCACUAUCAUAGAAAUGGCAACAGGCAAAACACCCUUUCAUGAGCUGGGAAGUCCCCAGGCAGCCAUGUUCAAGGUUGGCAUGUUUAAGAUCCACCCCAAGGUUCCAGAGUGCAUGUCAGAUGAGGCCAAAGGUUUCAUCAUGAACUGUUUCGUGCCAAAUCCAGAUGAAAGAGCCACAGCAGCAGAACUGCUUCAGGACCAUUUCCUAAAGUCGUCUACGAAGAAAAAAGCUAAAGCUGUUCAGGAAUCCCUGUCUAUAACUGACUAUCAGCGCAGUAUGUCUGUGCCUAUCUCCAUCCUUGUGGAGGAUACUGAUUCUUACUCUGACUUGAUUGACCUGUCUUGUUCUCUGGACCUGACGAGGUCGCAGUCCUCUCUCAGAGCAGAAGAAAUCUCAGAGAGCCCACCGAGCACCAACAGCUUCCUGUUAAUACCAGAUGACUCCACAUCAGACAUGAGCAGUCCAUCCUCAACAGAGGAGAGUACUGGCCUUUUUAUGCUGAGAAAGGACAGUGAGAGGAGAGCCACGCUGCACAAAGUUCUCACUGACUACAUAAGCCAUGUUGCGUCUAGUAUACAACAGUCUGUGCCUCAGUAUGGUGAUGGCUCCUCGAUCACUCCAGACCACAUCACCAAACUCGUUAUUUGUUUGCGUGACAACAUCCAUUCCCCGGACAGGAAGCAGCUUACCAGCGGCUUGCUGGAGCUUCGAGCUACGCUCGUAGCUGCCUCAGUACCUCUGAACAGCCUACAGGUGGUGCUAUUUAACUUCCAAGACGCAGUGAAAAAGGUGUUGAAGCAACAAAAGGUGAAACCUCAUUGGAUGUUUGCUCUGGACAAUCUGCUGAGACAGGCAGUACAGGAUGCCAUAACUGUAUUACUGCCAGAACUCAAACUCCAUCUGCAGUCCUCAUUCGAGAGUGAGGACAACACCUCUGAGGAGCUGUUUGCCGAUCCAGACACUCCUGUAGCUCUAGUCCCUGACCAGCUGGUGGCACCAGCAUACACACAGCAGCCAGAUCCAGCAAAUGACGUCCUGCCUAGAGCCAACCCUAAACCUGCAGACUUCAAGCUUAACACCAACUGGCCACUCAGCGAGAACCUGAGAGAUCUGCGACUGGAGACCAGAAGACUGCUGAAUCAUCUAAGCGAGAAGGAGACAGAGUAUCAGGAGCUACUGAGGAACUCUCUCUGGAGAAAACAACAGCAAAUAGACGCACUGAGGAAAGAAUCAGUCAAUGAGGAUGUGGAGUUGGCUUCACAGAAAAGCUCCAGACCAGAGAAGAAAGCCUUAGCGCGCUGGCUAAAGACUGUCCCCGUAGAUCAAGACACUAUCAACAAGUUGCUCUCUCAUGAGUUCACCUUGGACUGUCUCCUCCGUAUGGCCGCCAAGGAUGACUUGAUGUACUGUGGAAUAAGAGGCGGCAUGCUGUGUCGAAUCUGGGCAGCUGUAACAGCUUACCGGAAGACCCAGCUCAGCACGCACAAUGAGGACAGCGAGGACACCCUUCUUUAAUGGCUGCUGAUGUUACACAUCAAAGGGCAGGUUCAUAGACAGGCUGGCCCUGUGUGUGGUCUGGAGGAACAGAGGCAUUUCAGGUUGCUGAUGUAAAGCAGAUUAAAUUUUGAAAACAUUUUUAAACUGUGAAUGUACUAUAAAGGAGCAUCAGAAGCUUUUUACUGAAAAGCUAAGUCAUGUCAAAAUUUUAUUUUGUUAUAUUAUGUUUUUACAUUUUAUCCGGGUGUCAGAAGGUAGAGCUUUAAUUGUAUCUUCAGAAGAUAUUUCAUCUAGUGACGCUGUUUUCCUGUUUCACAGAAAGCUAAGCAGGAUUUGAAUUUAUUAGAGACUAUGUAUAAGACUAACCUGUAUUCCUGGUUUGGAAAACAAAUGUUAUUUGUACUAUAAGCCCUUAUAAAUUAAUUCAAAUAAUAAACAGGAAGCAUUUUUUAACAGUCA